UGGGAGAACGAGGGCAUCGCGGCGACCGGCCGAAGGACAAGAAGAAAUCGCGGCAUGGUAGCAGUCGGAGUCGAAGUCGCGAUGCUGGGGACCGAGAGAAGAGGAAGCGCAGCCAUAGUCCAGGCGAGCGCAAGCGGAGUCAUGAUCGGAAGCGUAGUCGCAGCACCGACCGCAAGAAGGAAAAAGAUCGGGAACGACGAAGCCGGAGUCGCGAACGAAGCCAUAGAGAUAAGGACGAGCGCAGUAGUAGUCGACGAGACAGAGGCGAACGGAGCAGUCAUCGUGGAAGGGACGACCGGCGAGAGAGUGACGAUCGACGAGACCGCCGAAGCAGCCAUCGCGACUUGAAGGAGCGCAGCCAUCGAGGAAAAGACGAAUCGCGAGACGACCCCAACCACCGCGAGAAAAGACGGCGAUCUAGCUCACCCGAGUCGAAGCGGCGAAAAGAGGAUCACAAAGAGGACACCACCACUCCUGUUCUGUGGAACACCGGUGCACCAUUCUCGACCGCCACCACCACCUCCACCUGUAAAGUCGGAGAAGAAAGCGACUUCAUCGUAUGGCGGGUUGACGUUGAAGGACUCAAGAAAGCACAAGAAGUAUGACAAGUCGAGGUCCGAGAAGAAACCUCCGCCACCUGCUGCAGCGAAUAGUGACAGCAAGGAUGCGAUUGAACGUCGCCAGGAACGUCUCCGGCUGUGGCGGGAGCAGCAGAAGCAAAAGGAAGACGAUGCUGUCACUGAGGUCGAACCAAUGGAAACAGCCGAUGUACCGGCGGUAGCUGGGUUUGUCGUGGAUGAGGACGUAGUUCAGCAAGUUCCCAUGUGGCCGAUUGACGACAAGGAACCAGACCAAGUGCAGCCACCAUCAGCUGACGGCACGUCCGAAGCCCCGGAGAUCGACCCGUUGGAUGCGUUUAUGGCCGAUUUGAGCAACACGGGGCGGGACGACGUGGCGGAACAGCGGAAUUUGGAACUGCCCAAAGCCAAAGUGAUUUCGUUCGAAGAAAUCAUGUCGAAGAACAAGGAAGUGGAUUUCUACGGAUCGUUUUUACCUCCCAGCACGUCGUUGUUGCCAGCGUCGAUCUACCCUCCUCGGCAGCCCAACGAGACCGAUGCCGAACGCGAUGCCCGUGAAAAGGCCGAGCUGGACGAGUUUAUGCGUGCGAUUAAACUCAAGCGGGACCGCGAAGACGCUGUCAACAAGGAAGGCUUCCUCGCCCCCAACGAAGGCAACGACGACAGCACGACACACGUGGGCGACAAGAAGAGCGACACGGGGCGCAUUUACCAAGGCGUGGAGGAGGACGCGAUCGGCAUUGAGAUGGCCAACAACGUGGACAGUCGCACGGCGCUCGAGAUUUUGCAGGAGCAGCAAAAGAAGAAGGAAAUCAAGCCCGUCGACCACAAGUCCGUGUCGUACAUUCCGUUUCGCAAGAAGUUUUACAUUGAGCCGGCGGAUGUAGCCGCCCAGCCGCAGGAGGAACUGGACGCGCUGUUGGUGUCGAUGGAGAUCAAAAUCCGAGGCAAAGGCUGCCCCCGCCCCAUUCAAAAGUGGACGCAAACCGGGCUGAGUCAACGGCUCCAGAAACUAAUUGCCCGCCAAGAGUACCCGACGCCGUUUGCGAUCCAGUGCCAAGCGCUGCCCGCGAUCAUGUCGGGCCGCGACGUGAUUGGCAUCGCCAAGACAGGAUCGGGCAAAACGCUGGCGUUUCUAUUGCCCAUGUUUCGGCAUAUCCUGGACCAGCCUCCGUUGAGCGAUGGCGAAGGGCCGAUUGGGUUGAUCAUGGCGCCUGCCCGCGAACUGGUCCAGCAGAUUUACAUAGAAUCGAAGAAGUUCACCAAGGAUUUGGCGCUGCGGUCGACAGCGGUGUACGGCGGGUCGUCUGUGUCGGAGCAAAUCGCCAACUUGAAGCGCGGGUCAGACAUUGUAAUUUGCACGCCUGGGCGCAUGAUUGACAUUCUCACCAUGAGCGCGGGCAAGAUGGUGUCGUUGAAGCGCGUGACGUACGUCGUUCUCGACGAAGCAGAUCGGAUGUUUGACAUGGGUUUUGAGCCGCAAAUCACCAAGAUCAUGAUGAAUAUCCGUGGGGACCGGCAAACGCUGCUGUUUUCGGCGACGUUUCCCAGGAGCGUGGAGAGUUUGGCACGCAAAGUGCUGCGGAAACCGAUUGAAAUCACAGUCGGAGCGCGGAGCACGGCGUCUGGCGACAUCAAACAGUACGCCGAAGUGCGCGAAGAAUCGGACAAGUUUAUGCGGCUGCUGCAGCUGCUCGGGACGUGGUACGAGAAGGGCAACGUGCUUGUGUUUGUCAACACACAGCAAGCCUGCGAUCAGAUCUUUCAAGACUUGAUGAAGGCGGGGUACUUGGCGCUGAGUUUGCACGGCGGCAAGGAUCAAGUGGACCGCGACUACACAGUAGACGACUUCAAACGAAAAGUACGCACGUUGAUGGUGGCCACGUCGGUCGCGGGGCGGGGGCUGGAUGUCAAGGAUUUGGUGCUGGUAAUCAACUACCACUGCCCCAACCACUUGGAGGACUACGUGCAUCGUGUGGGUCGAACCGGUCGGGCAGGACGGAAGGGCACGGCGUACACGUUUAUCAGUUCGCACGAAGACGAGUACGCCCCCGAUCUGGUCAAAGCGCUCGAAAACGCCAAGCAAGAUGUACCCCCCGAGCUCCGGGCGCUGUCGGACCAGUUCAAGGAAAAGGUGCGGUCGGGGCUGGCCCGGUACCACGGCAGCGGGUUCAAGGGCAAGGGGUUUACGUUUGACGAGUCGGAGAAGUCCGAAGCCCAGCGGGCGGUGGACUUUCAAAAGCGGCAGUAUGAAAUGGACGAGGGUCUCGCGGAUGCUGGCGGCAACGACGACAACGACAACGACGAUGACAAGGCGACGAAAGCUACGUCGGCGGCGGAACAACCGGAAAAAUCGAUCGAGGAAAUGACCAUGGCCGAAAAGAUGAACAGUUUCAAGGAGCGCGCAAGGCAGGUGGCCAACAUGUUGGUGGGCGAGCCGAGCCAGAAGGACGAAGUGCGGCACUUUCGAGACGAACUCGAGAUCAACGACUACCCACAACAAGCGCGAUGGAAAGUGGUGCAGAAGGAAUCGUCGGACCUGGUGGCGGAAAUCACGGGCGCUGCCGUCAUUUGCAGAGGGACGUACGUCGCCCCCGGCCGAAAACCCAACGUUGGCGAGCGCAAACUGUACUUGGCCAUCGAGGCUGGAUCAAGGCAGGCUGUGGCAGAGGCGAAACGCGAACUGCAGCGGAUUCUGGACGAAAAGACGAUGGAAGUGGGCAUUGGCGACGACCGCAAGUAUGGCAAGUAUUCUAUCUAGUAACGCACAACAAUUCAACAUAGACGUAACGUUCUUUGGUCGGA